AUGGGGUUACGUCCUGAUAAAGCCACUGGGGUGGCGCGCAGGGAGGGAGGAAGCCGGGGGCGCGGGGGGUUGGUGGGCGUCGGGGGUGGAGAUGUAGAAGAUGUGACGCCGCGGCCCGGCCGGUGCCAGACCAGCGGACACGGUGCCCGCGGCUGCCGCCGGAUCCCGGGCGCUGCAGCUUGGGAGGCGGCUCUCUCGAGACGGCGGCCGCGGAGACACCCCUCCCUGAACCCCAGCUCCCGGGCCGCUGGGCUUGCCGCGCGCUCGGGCCGGCGAAGAAGGGAGCGGCCGAGCGGCGCGAGGCUGGGGGCUCGCGGGCGCGGCCGCGCGCCGCCGGGCGGGAGGCUGGGGGGCCGGGGCCGGGGCCGGGCCUCGGAGCGGGUCGGAGGCCGGGGCCGGGGCAGGGGGGCGGCGGCUCCCCGCGCGGCUCCGGCGGCUCGGGGUCUCCGGCCGGGCCCUGGAGGGGCCAUGGCAGCCGGGAGCAUCACCACGCUGCCCGCCCUGCCCGAGGACGGCGGCAGCGGCGCCUUCCCGCCCGGCCACUUCAAGGACCCCAAGCGGCUGUACUGCAAAAACGGGGGCUUCUUCCUGCGCAUCCACCCUGACGGCCGCGUGGACGGGGUCCGGGAGAAGAGCGACCCUCACAUCAAACUACAACUUCAAGCAGAAGAGAGAGGGGUUGUGUCUAUCAAAGGAGUGUGUGCGAACCGUUACCUUGCUAUGAAGGAGGAUGGAAGAUUGCUGGCUUCUAAAUGUGUUACAGACGAGUGUUUCUUUUUUGAACGAUUGGAAUCUAAUAACUACAAUACCUACCGGUCAAGGAAAUACUCCAGUUGGUAUGUGGCACUGAAACGAACUGGGCAGUAUAAACUUGGAUCCAAAACAGGACCUGGGCAGAAAGCUAUACUUUUUCUUCCAAUGUCUGCUAAGAGCUGAUUUUAAUGGCAGCGUUUAAUCUCAUUUCAUAUGAAAGAAGUAUAUUUUAGAAACUUGUUAAUGAGAGAAAAAGAAAAUAAAUGUGUACAGCUCAGUUUGGAUAAUUGGUCAAAUAACUUUUUAGCUAACAGUAAAAUAUUUAUCCAUUGCCUCAGUAAAGAAAAACAACAAAAAUUCUUGGAAAAUAUAUAGAUUCCCCCCUUUAUAUAGCAUCUACUAUUAUUCAGUGAAGCUUCCCUAGUGUAACAAUCUUUUUCAUACAUUUGCUUUAUUUAAAAAAAGGCUUUUAAAAUGUGCACAUUUACAGAUUUUCUUCAUAGAAAAUUAGUCAGAUAUUCAAUCAAUCCCAAAUAUUUACUACUUCCUAUAAGAUGGCAUACAUUAAUCUACAUGCACAAUUUACUUAAACAUGUAAAUGUGAAUUUAAUCCAUUCCUGUCACAGUUUUGUAAAUCUCUGGCAGUUCCUUGUGAUAGAGUUUAUAAAACAGUCCUGUGUAAACUGCUGGAAAUUCUUCCAUGGUCAGAUCAAUCUUGUCAAAUCCUUCUCGGUAUCCAUAUAGCAGCAGCCUAGCAACUCUCCUGGUUAUAGUAGUUGUAUUUUCAGUCUUAACCAAGUCAUUGAGAUCCAUCCACUCACAUCUUAAGCAUUCAUGCUGGCAAGGAUUUAUGGUGAAUGAAUAUGGCUUUAAGCGGCAGAUGAUAUACAUAUCUGACUUUCCAAAAGUCCCAGGAUUGGUGUGCUGUUGCCGAAUACUAAGGAGGGACCUGAAUUCUGAUUUUAUACCAGUUUCUUCAAAAACUUCUCGAACUGCUGUGUCUCCUACAUAAAAGAGAGAUGUACAAAUCAACAAGGGUCACAUUUUUAGAAACUUCAAUGAUUUUCAGUUAAAGUAGCAUUAUCUAAAGUAUCAAAAACAAAACUGUACCCUAAAGAAAGUAAAGUUUUCAAUACAAAGUCUUUGCCUUCUGGACAUCCAAAUACCAAUUUAAGAAGUUUUAAAAAUAUUGAAUAUUUCUUUGGCUGUUAUUUGGAUGCUUAUCCACCUGUACAUUUUUGGGGUCAAUUGUUUUAACCUCUUCCUGCUCUAUUUCCAAAAAGUAAAAAUACAGGAUGCAAAAGUUAAAAUAUAUGUAGUAAAGCUGCAGUUAAUAUUCUGAUAUGUUUCUUCAUUAUUAUCCUGUUCCUGGUCAUCCAUCAAAACUGUCUAAAUGUAUAUAUAUAUCAACAUUGAAAAGAAGUGAUCUGUUCUUCCUUACAAAAGUCUGUAGAGCUACAGAAUAUACUGAACUAUGAAAUGAUUUUAAUCUCUCCUGGUGAUCUUGGGUGGGACUGUUAAAACUUCAAGUUAUAGAACAGAUUCCUUUAUAACCAUUUUGUUAUGCUGUCAGAGAAAUCCCAUAAUAGUAAUUGUUGGCAUUUCCUUUGUUUCUUGAAGUAAGAUUCCAAAGAACUUGGAUUCAUUCCUUUCAACAUCAAAAU